UUUUGGAACGACACGGGAAGUCGAAAAGAUGGGCAAGGCGACAGAGGAUCAGCUGCGUUUGAUGGUCAUGAAUAGAGAACGCCUUUAAAAGGACUUUUCCUUUCAUCCGGCGGGGGUUGAAAGUUGUAGCACACUGCGGUGCUGGAUCGGAAUGUCGACUGGAGUCGUGGAAAUUAUAAUUUUAUAACGUACACUCUCGAUCGUAAGCUUAGAAUCUGCCGAAAGCUCUUCAACCUUCACACUGAAGGGUCCCUGAACAAAUGUUUCAUAGGUUGAGCAAACAAAAAUGACGGAAGAAUUAGCAGAAGACGGUCGCUGUUACGAAACAAUCGAACAACCGGUGUGGAAGUCUUAUUUGUACAGACUUCAACAGAAAGCCCCCAAGGCAAGAAGAAUUGUGUGUACGAAUGAGAUACCCUUGAAGCCUGCUCAUUAUGGGAAAGAGUUUCAUGGAUGUAUAUCACGCGAGGAAGCUGACAAACUUGUGUCAGAGGCAGAUGGCUGCUACCUUGUGCGAGAAAGUCAGAGGUCACCAGGAAGUUACACUUUAACAAUGAGAUUUGGUGGAAUUUCAAAGAAUUUUCGUUUGUAUUAUGAUGGACUUCACUAUGUAGGGGAGAAGCGUUUUCAAACCAUUCAGGAUCUUGUGGCGGAUGGUCUGAUCACAAUGUACAUAGAUACAUACGCCAAGGACUAUGUUGAUACAAUGAUGAUAAGUCCCGGGAAAACUGAGGCCAAGAAAGAUGAGGGAAAACGAAGUGGUGGUGAUAUGAAAGAAAAUAAUGAACUGGCUAAAGAAACCUCAGAUGCCUCAGGGAAAGACCAGGAUCAAAAGCUCAGUUUUGGAAGAAGGGAGAGUGUAAAGCCAUCUGCUUAUGUAAAGAAGCAUAACUUUAAGAUUCACACAUUUAAGGGACCUCAUUGGUGUGACUCUUGUCGCAAUUUUUUGUGGGGUUUGAUUAUGCAAGGUAUCAGGUGUCAAGAUUGUGGCUUCAAUGCACACAAGCAGUGUGGAGAAGUUGUUCGUGAAGACUGCCAACCAGAUAAGAGAUAUGUGAAAAGAGUGUUUGGUGUCGACUUAACAACACUCGUCAAACUUCAUAACACCAAGAGACCUUUUGUUGUAGAAGCAUGCAUUAGGGAAGUGGAGAGAAGAGGAUUAGACAGUGAGGGAAUCUAUAGAAUAUCAGGUUUUGCUGAUGAUGUUGAAGCACUUAAAAAUUCUUUUGAUAAAGAUGGAGACCAGGUGGACUUGUCAGUGUAUGAAGACAUAAACAUUAUUUCUGGGACGCUCAAACAGUAUUUCCGUAUGCUUCCUAUUCCACUCAUCACUUUUGAUUUAUACAGCAAAUUUAUAGAUGCUGCAAAAUUGUCAAGCAGAAAAGAGAAGAUGGAGCAACUAUCAAAGGCUCUGUUACAACUUCCUGCUUCACAUUAUGAAACACUAAAGUUCCUUUUGGGACACUUGUACAGAGUAGCCAAAAAGAAAGAAGCAAACAUGAUGACUGAGGAAAAUCUGUCAAUUGUUUUUGGACCAACACUCAUGAGAGCUCCAGAUUCUGAUACAUCAGAUGUUCUUACUGACAUGAAAUUGCAAAGACUUGUAAUAGAGAGCCUCAUUACGAAUCAAGAUAUUCUAUUUGAUAGCUGAUUACAACAAGAAGCACAGAAGUUAGGUUAAGUUCAUCCUUAGGGUCGGAUGGCCAUUCUGGGUGAGGAGAAGUUAACUAGUUGCUUUGGAUCUAUUUAAACAUGGAGUUUUAUUAUUUGCUUUCUUACUGUAAAUCAAAGUGCUUUGGUAUCAUAUGCCAGUGGUAAAAGAAGACUUACAUAGGGAAUAACUCUCAGUAUGUGAUAAAAAAAAUACCAAUUUGUGUUGUUUCCAAGUGUGUUUCAUGUUAUUGGUUUUUUUUUUUUUUCAAGGUUGAUAUCUUAAUGAUAGAAGUAGUUUCCAAUUUAAUCAAAGAACCAUUUUGGCAUUCAAAUAGAACUGAUGUUAUAAGGCUGACCCAGGAGUGGGUAAAAUAAAAUACAUUCUGUGAUCUGAUUGGCUACCUGGCUGAAGAUUUGAAUUUUUUUCUAUGAAACUUAUGAUAAACUUCCAAGAAAUAAAAUUUUAAAUGGGGAACCUUUACUGAGGAGCCUCAGAAUCACAAAAAAAUAUAUUGCAAUGCACAAAUUGUUUUAGGGGUUAUAGACCUUAUAUAAUAUUUUAUUUAUCAUAACCAUUACAAUUUCCUCAAAUGUGAUUGGUGCAUCAGUUGCUAUAUAUUUCAUUAAUCACUCUGUACAGUAGUAAUCCAACAGUGUAAUUAGACAGUUGGCUGUUAUUGGACACCUGUAAUCCCACAGUUGAAGCAGCCAAUCAUAUUAAGUCCACUUAGCUAAAUCCACCAAUCACUGAAUUGAUCACAAUGACCAUAGCUACAACCACCUGCACUGAAAAAAAAAACUGGGAAAUUUCCAAAUUUUUUACUUUAGACAUUGUUCCAUUUGGAGAUAUUCAUCCCAAAUGUUUUUUUUUUUUUUUUUUCGGAAAUUUAAUGGUUAUGAUUAAUUAGUAAAAGGACUUCCUGUCAUCCAAUUCUGUCUGUAUUCAUACUCAUGAUUAACAAAUCAGACUCACUUGUAUGAUUACAGACCGGAUUGGACUCCACUUGGUCCUAUUACCAUUAUUAAUAAUUUACUUGUUUAAAAAGAUGUUGGGUCAUUUUAGACAUUAAAUUAAUUAGUUAUUUUUUAUUAAGCCAAAUUAUGCAUAGAUUUUGAUUGGGUCUUAUGAUCUAUUGGAGUACAGACAGAUAGAUGAUUUCACUUUUAACAACUUUUUUCUUUGUUAUGUAAAACACAAAAAUUCCAUGUUGGGAUGGGUCAGUUCAGUAAUAGAUCACAGAAGACAUCACAAUUUUGUUUUACCAAAAAUGUGAUCUGUGUGAUCUGUCUGAUCUGUCUGAUCUGUGUGAUCUGUGCGAUCUGUGAUCUAUAACGGAACAGAUGCAUGGAAAUAUGGAAUAUACUCUUUCAGAAGAUAUUAGGUUUUUUUUCCUGCCUCCUUUGAGCUCAUCAUGAUGAUUUUUUUUUUGCAUGAAUAAAUGCGUUUGAUUUAAUUCAAGGCAUGCAAACUUUGUCACGAGAGAUGUGUCGAUCAAUUCAAAGCUUCAACACACACCCCUGUGUGAAAUUUCAUCGAAGAUUUGGGCAAAAAUUGGGAUCAAAUGACCUACCCAAGAGCAGUGACCAAGCUUUAAAAUCCAUACCUUGUAGACCAUUUCUUCUGAGCCAAUACUCAGGAAAGUGAACACUACCUCUAAACACCUCCACGUUAAAAGAUAAAACACUUGUAUUCCAAAGACGUGACCCUUCUGAUUCAAACUACCCACCCUAGCCAGGCAAGGUUCAAAUUCCCCACCCCUGGACACAGACAACAGUAAAAUGCCCGUAGGUUGACCAGGGGGAUGUUGAAGCUUCAAAUUCAUCGGCCUUUAUUUGUUUAAGGACAUAGUUGAUUAUAAGAGCCACUUUGUAAAAUGAUUUUAUUGUUUUGCCACAAGUUAAUACUUUUUUAAAUUUGUCCCUAAUGUGAUGUGUAAUCUAGGCUUUAGCUUGAUAUUUUCUAAGGAAAUAAUAUUAGAAUUAAAGAAAAUAAUCUAUUAUUGUCUGAAGAAUGAAAUGGAUGAAUUAAAUCCAUAAC